UACUACCUACUGGCAAACAUGAGAACAUGGUGCAGCAAAGCUGUAUGUAUAUUCUUUAAUGAUUAAAGCUAUUUUUGAGAUUGUUCCAUUCUUUUCUUAGAUGCAAAAAUUUUAAACUUAGAAGAGUAUGGAGUUGAAAGAAUAAUUUAAACAAAAGAUAGAUUAGGGUUAUAAUUUUAUUUUCUUCCUGUUUCUGUUACACCUUCCACUAUGAAAAGCAAGUGAAAUGUGUGUAUUAAGCACUACCUCCUUAGAACCACAAAAGUUUUGUGAUUUCAAAGAGGGGUUGCAUUCCAGUUGUAUGAUGCAAUGUUGCUUGCCUAAACGUGUUGUAACCCUAAUUUUAAGUGUGUUACAAUUGGUCUAUACAAUAAAUUUGAUUAAAGAAGGACUGGAUAAAGAUUACAUAUAAAGCAGUGCUUACUUUUGGAUAAUUUACUAUAAACCUGGUCUUUAUUAAUUCAAGAAUUGGAAAAACUUGUUGGGGGCAUCUUCACCAUUCUCUUUUCUAGAAUAUGCUAAAAGAGUUAGCUUCCAAUGAUGGAAGUCUGUUAAUUAGUUUAAUUCUUUAACAUUCUGAUUCUUGGCAAUAACAUUAUAAAAUUACAGAUUCAUAAUUCCACUAACCCUUGACAUUUGCAUGCUUAUCCAUAAUGCAUAUGGAAGUGAAAAGCCUUACAAAUAGCCUACAUCGUUUCCGUAUAACUCAACCUUUACAAAGAACACAUAAAGAACCUCAAAUACACUCGUAGAAUGGUGAACCUUUCUGCCUUCUGCUUCCUGCUUCUCCUUCUCUUCUUUACGUCUGAUGAAAAAUUGGUGCUCAAGGCAGAAGGGAAGGAUUGCCACAAAGUUUGGAACUGCAAAGGAGGCAACCGUUGCUGGGAGGAUUGCAGAAACAAAUAUAAUGGAAUGGGACAAUGCGAUUUGUACACUGCACCCCCUGUUCCCAAGCAGUGCUUUUGCGCAUACAAGUGCUGAUCAAUCAUCUUUACCCUAAUUAAUAUCUACCUAAGGCUUGAAAUUUGAAAUUAAAUAAAACUUGGAUUUGUUUCAGACAUGUUUACAACU